UUGAUUCCCAAUUAUUAUUGUAUGCUAAAGGCUAGAAGGCUAAAGCAGUGAGAGGAGGCGCAGUAAUCGAUAGUCAAAUAGAACAUUGCAGAGAAGAACAGAGAGGAAAGAGAAGGAAAUGGCUUUAAAUGGAAAUGGUUGCUGUUGGAUUCAGGAGCGUAUCUUAAGUGGAAAUGGAUGUGGUGUGUUCCUCACUCCCAGGAGUAGGUCCUCUGCUGCCAUUUUGCCCCGCAAGCCAACGGCUCUCUCCUUUUCCUCUUCCUUUCAAUUCCAAGGAUUUGUGGUGGAUAGGAAGCAGAGCUCCUCCUCUAUACAAACGGCUGCAGUCCGCCAUUUGGUGGGAUCUGUUACCAAAACUCAAGGCCUUCGCUUUGCCGUGGUUGUCGCCCGUUUCAAUGAGAUUGUGACAAAGCCGCUCUUGGAGGGAGCUCUGGACACUUUCAGAAAGUAUUCAGUUAAUGAAGAAGACAUCGAUGUUGUUUGGGUCCCGGGUAGUUUUGAAAUAGGUAUUGUUGCAGAAAGACUGGGCAAGUCUCGAAAUUAUCAUGCAAUUUUAUGCAUUGGAGCUGUGAUAAGAGGAGAUACUACUCACUAUGACGCCGUGGCUAAUUCUGUAGCAUCUGGGGUGCUUUCAGCUGGCCUAAACUCAGGUGUUCCUUGCAUAUUUGGGGUUUUGACUUGCGAGAACAUGGACCAGGCGUUAAAUCGAGCUGGUGGUAAAUCUGGGAACAAAGGUGCAGAGUGUGCUUUAACGGCGGUGAGUUGAUUGUACGAUUGAGAUGGCUUCCUUGUUUGAUCACCAUCUUAAGUAGUGGUAGCAUUAUCCAUUACAUGAUGAACUUCUGUUGUUGCUGUAGGAUCAUUCUAUCUGGGGAGUUUACAGAAGCAAAAUGGUAAACAUAGAUGGAUCCUGGAACUGUAAUUCAGAAUUUUCUUGUUGAUCUAAUAAAUGACCAAUGCUUUUGCUUUCUUUUA